AUGUCAGAAGACGCGGUUAAUCUCAUCAACCAGCAGCCGUCUCAGCUGGAGAGCGAUGCCGAACGCGUGGCGGUGAAGGUCCUGGAUAAGGAGCGGCUGGGCAAACCCCUGCACGCCCUCUGCGCCUCUGAAAUCAGCUGCAUGGUGAGGCUGUCCCACCCCAACGUGGUCCGCCUGUACGAGGUGGUGGAGACCUUCAAGAGGCUCUACCUGGUGAUGGAGUACGCCAGCGGGGGGGAGCUGUUCACCCGCGUCAGCACUAAAGGACGCCUGUCGGACCUGGAGAGCAGACUGGUGUUCUGUCAGGUCCUGUCUGCGGUCAAGCACAUGCAUGAUAACAAUAUCGUCCACAGGGACCUGAAGGCAGAGAACGUCUUCUACACCAGCAGCUUCUGCAUCAAAGUGGGGGACUUUGGUUUUAGCGCCUCCUGCUGCUCCACCGACGUCCUCCACACCUUCUGCGGCUCGCCACCGUACGCCGCUCCGGAGCUCUUCAAGAAUAAGGGCUACAUCGGGCAGUACGCGGACAUGUGGGCUCUGGGGGUCCUGCUGUACUUCAUGGUGACGGCUGCCACGCCCUUCAAAGGCUCCAACACCAACCGGCUGAAGUGCUGCAUCCUGCAGGGCUCCUACUCCAUCCCCGACUACGUUCCUGCAGCCUGCCAGGAGAUCAUCAAGGGCCUCCUGAGGCCGGUCCCCGUCGACCGCUACACCACAGCACAGGUCAUGAAGAGCAACUGGAUGAAGGGCAUGGAGUACCCCCAGCCCUACCCCCCCUACAGGCCCACACCCUCUCACCUGGCCGACCCCGACUGCAUCCUCACCUCAGAUGAGCGACACGUCAAGGCGGUCCUGGAGGACAUCGGAAUCAGCGAUUCUCAUCUUCUCAGCAACCUGGAUGUGAGGAGUCCCAUCACCGGGACCUACCGGAUCCUGCUCCAUCGCAUCCAGAGGCGGAGCUCCGUGGAGGCUGCCAGCUACGGCCACGCCUUCCUCAGGGAGCCCCUCCGGCGGAGGGCGGGCUCGGAUGGGCUGCUGCUGAAGCGCCACUCUGUGGUCUGUGUCCUCAUGUAGUCCUGGAGGUCAGGAAGCGGAGCGGCUUCUGUGACGGUGAGAAACGUGCACGGCGUCAGAGGAACGCCCAUCUGAGGAGGUUCGCUGAGGGAGACCCUCAGUGGAGGUUUUCUGUCUCCAUCCUCAGCUGAGCGGAUGUAGGCGUCGCACGCCAUGCUCAUCCCCGUGCACAUCCCCGUGCACAUCCUCGUGCAUCCAUGACCACACUUGGCACCGCUUUAUGCUGCAGGUCAAUGAUGUUGGCGUGCGAGCCUCUUAAGAAGCCACGGAGCGUGGCAGGAGGUUCCAGAGGUUUGCUCACAGAUUUUAUCUUUGGGAUGGAAAUAUUUAGGUCAAAGGAAUGUUUUGAUUUAUCCGUCAGUGAAUUGAGACCCAGGAAUGGAAAUGCUGAUUCAAUAACAAAAGCUUUUCAUUCAAAAAGACUCAGUAGAGUAAAACAAGAGAGAAGACAUUUAAUGACUGA